UUAGGGAGAGCCCGAGUGUGUGACGUCACGCAACAUGGCUGCCAUGGACAUGGCGGAGUGGUCCGUGGUAAGCGAUGGAAGUUUAUACUUGGGCGAGGAAACUACCGCCCUGACUUACCACCCAAAGCUGAAUACAAUUUUAGCAGUCACCGGAGGUUCCAAUGUACGAGUUGUAGACGUUAACUCUGGUGUGACAUUGCAGAAUUCAACCCUUUCAGCCCAAGGUAGCAGUCGCAUCCAUUGUCAGUACCUGAGCGACACAGACCAGGUGUUUAUGACGGAUGGCCGGGCCGUGGGACUCAGGAAGGACUUGAGCGGGGUCCUGCUACUGGACUCUGCCUUGCAGACGGCUGUCAGCAACAAUGAGGAGACCAUAGUCAUUGAACUGCCUUACCUGGAGGCUUGCCAUCUACUGGAGUGUCUGAAGAAGUCCAUCAAGCCAUCCUCCAGCCAGCAGGAAUAUGUGGAUGAGGUGCAGUCUAGACUAGAGACCGAACUGAGUCUAGUCAGCAGCUCCAUUCAAACCGAAUCCUAUCACAAAGUCACCAAAUGGGCCACCAUCCAGCUGCGAGUUUCCCUGUGUGCCUUGCGUUCUGUCUGCCGCAGUCUCCUAGACGAACUACGCCGGUCCAGUCAACACGUCAACGGUCUGUCCAUCGCCGCUGCCAUCGCCGACAGGCUUCAGGCCCUCUACCCAGAACCCAGCCGCAGCGUGGGGACCCAGACGGUGGACAGGGCACAGAUGUACAGCGAGGCCGCCAGGCGGGAAACAUUUCUGACUUGGCCCCACAUGAACUACAAGUGGGCAUUACCAGAACCUAUGGCUCAGGCUGGCUUCUAUCAUCAGCCAAGUGCAGCCGGGGAUGACCGCGCCAUGUGUUUCACAUGUAGUGUGUGUCUAGUGUGCUGGGAACCAACCGACGAACCAUGGUCUGAGCAUGAAAGACACUCCCCAAACUGCCCCUUUGUCCGAGGGGAACCUACCGAGAACGUACCGUUGUCUUUCACCCUAGCCACGGGACCUGGCCAGCUACAUGGAGAUGGAAGCCAGAAGAUUACCUGUGUCAGCACAUCCUCUUGUCCCCAUCUAAUGGCAACCUCCAGUCGCCAUGGUAACAUCAGCCUGUGGGACGUGUCCAAUCAGCUGACGCUGAUCUCCAACUUCCAGAUAGAUCCGGAAGACCCGGCACUGACGGGCAAACCGAGGGACGCGGGGGAAGCCCUCGCACGGAGACCGCUGCCAAAGAUACCCGAGGCAUGGGUGGAGGAGACCAGUCUGACCGAGAUCAAGGGCACUGCCAAGGAGGAUGAGAACAGCGCCAAUCUGAGCGAGUGUGGCCAGGGUGUGACUGUGGAGAACGGGGAACCAGACCAAGACCAGGCUACAAGCUCACUACAUCAAGAGAUUGCUGCCAAAGACAAGAGCUACGGCACGAUUGAAGUGAUUGAGGUAGGGGGAGCUUGGCGUAACAUCAGUGAGCUCCAUUGCAACGCCGAUGUCGAUGAAGCCGGCGUGAUGCCCACUCCCAAAGGAUGCCCCGAAUCCUCCACCAACCUCAUUGUGUCGUCAGUGAGCAUCCUUCAAGGUUUGCCCAAGGAGCCAUCAGCCAGCUCGGCGGACUUAAACACCAUGGACCCUCUCAGCACCCCUUGUCUUGUAGCGGCCAUCUGUAUACGAAAACCCGACGAUGCAGACAAUGCCAAAACCAUUCCUGUUGAGGACUGCAAAGAUGAUCCCUCUCCGGCAACUACAGCCGCUCAAGGCAACCCGUUCACCUCCGCGUUUGAGAAGAUGCGUAUCACGGACGACACGGGACCAGAAGACGAAGCCGGUCUAGGUGUCGACAUUUCCAACAGGACAUUUGAGUAUGCAGAUGCCUAUCUAGGGGACGAAGUGGACUCCAAGGGCAUUGGGAAAGUCUCGGAUUCUCAGCAUCGCAAGUGUUUGAUUACCUAUGCUGCACCACCGUUAGUUAAAAAUGUCGCGGUCCACAAGAAAAGUACUGAUAAAUCCAAGGGAGGGUUGUUUGCUACGCAAUCUGGGCCCUCGACGCUACCUAAGAUGUACAUGUCGCAGAUUCUUGAAAUGGAGGAGGAGCAACAGGCAUUGGUUGAGGAGCCAAUCGGGAUUGAGGACCUCACUGCCGACCAAUCAUCAAGCAUCACGCUCGUGGACGGCAUGAACGUAAAGCCGUUUCGCACCAGCGAGGCUGCAUUGCAGUGUAUAGAGCUGCCGCAGUGUGCUCAGUGCGACGAUUUGUGGGUGACUUGCAUAGCUCCGUGCCCCGACAAGAAACAUGUACUAGUCAUACUAGGACCCCAUGAUGGACAGCUAGACAAUCCUGAAAUGGUAACCAAACCACAGUGCAAUACUUCAGCCAAGGAGAGUAUAUGUAACGAGCAAAACGACCUGAAUAAGGACAGCAAUUUCAGUACUGAUGAGGCGGGGACGGGAUUAGGUGAUGACAGUGCUGGCUGCUUCAACUCCAGUACAAGAGAGACAACAUCAGAUACUGUGGAGGGCAACUUUGGCUUUGUUCUGAUUUAUCGGAUCGCAACGCGAGACGGUGCAACUGUGCUCCAAGAAGACCCAGUCACUGUCCACACCAUCACCUCCUCAAAAGAAAUCAUCCGAUCCCUGGUCCCGUUACCGGUGGCCCUGUGCGACAUCACUAGCGACGAAGAAGGCGAAUCUACGCAUCAGAACCCUCCUUCAUCUGAGGCCCCGCCCAACGCCGACACAGGUUCCAUUACUGCAGAACUGGCGGCGUUGAGUUUUGACGAAACCGACAGCAAACCCCAAGACAAACAGCUGGGGACGUGCGCCGUGCUGACAAGAACUGGCAAAUUUCGAAUCAUGGAGAUCCACACCUGGUCGACAUUGGCCACACACCCGACACCACAGAAACACCCACACCCCUUGGGUACGGAGCGGUUCAGUGCAUUAACUUAUUGCACUGGGAUGGAAAGGCUCUGCGUCUGUACGGAAUCAGGACGCAUAUUGUUCUUACAACUACAAGCCAAGAAUGCGCAUGGAUUGUUCAGACGGGGGAAGUCAGUCAAGAAGGCGAUGUCUGAGCAGGAGGUUGCGGCCGAAGAAGAGACAGAUGCGGCAGAAGAGAAACAAAUAGUGGAUGACUACCUAGCCAACCAGCCCAUCUCCAUGAAGAACCUGAGCGUCCUGUGGCAGCUGACCCAGUUUGAGACGCUGGUGCCGCGAUUCUCGGCCACCGUGCCCCCCUGCUGGGUGGAGAUCCAACAGGAGCAACAGCAGCGACGUCACCCGCAGCAUCUGCACCAACGGCAGCAAGGCGAUGCUACACAGCACACUCGCACCUGGAAACUACAACCAGAUGGGUCAAGUUGGAAGGAGCACCUGUUUGAGUUGGUCCUUCCCAAAUCCUGCUGCGUGGGGCACGUUGACGUCAAGUUUAAUCUUCACUCCAGUUGUCCGUCGGCUCCUAGGAUUUAUCUGACUCUCCUGAAGCAAAGCGGGACCCAAGGCAAGAAAGAAAAAGACUCCAUGAACAUCAAGUCUACACCCGUGGACGCCAAGAUAGACUUCAACAUGGAGGCUUCUUCCUCGGAGCCCAAAGUCCAGAACAUCGACGUGGACAUGACCGAGCCGUCACAGGCACCCGGUCCUGAGCCCGACUUGUUCAAUGGGGACGCCUUGCUGCACUCGGCCUACCUACAGAGCCACCUGGACGACAUCCUGUGCGGUCCGUGUUACAUGGAGUGUUUCAUCGACAUGCCGAGCCACAACGGUAUGGUGACGCUAACCAGCCGACAGCUCAUGCUCUGCAAGAGUAGGUCUUUCCUCCUCCACAUAUUCGCCAUGGAAACUACGGAGAGCGAGAGCAGCGCAAAGACGAAGGAGACUGGGAAAGAGAAAGGCUCUCAUCUGAUAUCGCUGCUGCAGAACACCCCCCCGGCCAGCGCCACAGAGCGGCUGGUAACGGCCCUCAGGAAGGAUACCGACAAAUACCGGGGCUGUGAUUGGAUACAGGAGCUGUCAAUCACGAUACGUAGAACCAAGAAAGUCAGUCUCAACAGGGAUAGACUGCAGCGCGUUGGGAUGCUAGAAUCCAUGCAAUUCCAGAAGAGUCUGGUGCUGAGCGUGAUGGGUCUGGUUCCCCCGCCACAGGAUAUGACAACAUGGCAACAUUUCCAGCAGGUCUGUCUGGACGUGCUGUGUUGGGUCGCCAGCGUUCAUAUAUGUGAACCCUUCAGAGUGGUCGAGUGCACCAACCUUGUAGGCACCGCCCUGGCCAACAUUGGCGAUCUUGUCCAGGCGUGUUACAUCUCAGCAAACAGGAGCAUAGCACAUAAAUGCAGCCAGUUCCUUGCACUAUGCAUGGGAUGUGCCAAGCGCAGUCCAGACCCCAGCACCUAUCUAAGCUUCAAGUUAUCCCUCCUGCAGAGCCUCCUUAGCAUCCUACCCUCCUUACCAUCCUGUGUGUCCUCUGGCUCCAUGCAUUGGUUCUUCUCCAUGAUGGGCAUGGUCAAGCAGCAGGACCCUGAGAUAACCGCCCAGGCAUGCCAUCGCUUGCUCAUGGAGACGGCCUCGGAGUUGGCCGACAGGACGCUGCCUGAGCACGCAGUUCUCAGAGCAAAGUUUGGGCUGUUCGGGACCCCGCUGGAUCCCAUCCUGUUUGACAUGGAGCCGCCCGUCAUAAGCCCCGCCCCCAAAACAAGCUCUGCCUCCUCUGGAGCCUCAAGCACCGUCCCCUUGACGUUCCCACACCACUACAACAUCCCGGCCUCGGGUUUUAGCAGCGAUUUGCCAGAUAUCGGUGGUAGUGCCCAAGGGGGUGCCAAGCUGAGCAGCGACCCUGCCCGAAGCCCGCUGAGCGGCACUCACUUCAUGAGGGGUCUGCUAGAGGUGGAGCCGCUGCAUUUUGUCUGCUGUAGUACCAGUGAUGGGACCCACGUUGAACGUGUCGGAUCAGGUGCGGAGAGUGUCCAGGGCUCGGUAGCCAUCAACACCGGUAACCCAACCAUGCCGGAAUCUCUCACCUCCUCCCUGUCAGCGACCAUGGCCUCAGCCGAGCAGCAACUACAGCUGCUGCAGCACAAGACGCAGACGCUCAUCAAACUGAACCAGCAGAAACAGAAAUUGGAGCAGAAGCUACAGGAGACCAGCGCCUCCUCCACGGCCAACAGCAUGCCCAGCAACCACAUGUAUGGGGAGUUCCUCCCAGCCACGCCCAAGAACACACCCUUCUUUAUGACCCCGCCCCUGACCCCGCCCAAUGAGAGUAUGGGGUUCCUGUCAGUGCCGCCGCCCCCUGGUGGGUGGGACUACGGGGACAUGUUUGGGUACGGCGUGUUUCCAGGACUGGAGAAAGGCAAGGGAACUCCUGAGAAAGGAAAGACAAAGGGAGAUGGUUCCAAGUUGGGUCCCGACGUGAUGCCAAGCAACCCGCUGCUAGUGAGGAAUCUCCUCAACCCUCCCCCGUCUCAUGUGCUGAUUGUCGACAGAAUGCACUCGGGAGCAAGGCGAUUUGCUGUGCUGGAUUUUGGCCAAGCAGUCCUGUUGACCGACAUCUUCAUUCCGGCCUGCUCAGACCUGGCCUCACUGUCGGUGGACGUGUGGACAAAGAGCGAGGAACUAGACGGCCGUAGGUUGGCUGUAGCGCUGGACAUCAACUCCCGAGAUCUGGUCAUGAAUGAUUUGCUACCCCCGGCCUCCUGUCGGUUUCUCAAGCUUACCAUUGUUGGACGCUACGGAGGUAACACGGUGCGCUCCAAGAUCCCUUUGGGUGUCUUCUAUGGGCACACCUACGUCUUCCCGUUUGAGAACGGGCUGCAGCGCGCACCAGAUACCGGUGACGACUCGGUAUCAGCAGCCUCCCGCAACCACCACCUGAUCCAACAGGAGCAGUUCCUUACCAUGGCACUAGCAGUGCAAGAAGACAUCCAGUGCCGCUACAGUCUGGCCUGUAGCAGGCUGCAGCGACUACUGCAGGCGGCGGACUUGUCGCCGUCUGCUGGAGGGACGCCGUUCCCGCCGCAGUUGAAAGAGGAGAGAAGUGAGACUUGUAAAGAGGUCCGACAGUCAUAUGAGGAAUGCAUCCAGCUGCAGACCCAGCUGAACGCGGUCCAGCGGACCAUCACCCGUCUGCAGCACUGUGAGGAAGGAGCCCCUGAGAGGCAGAAACCAGACCUGAGCUCCACAUCAACUAUCAAGGAGGCGUCUACGGACCAGCUUCGUCUUCUGUCAGAAUACUUACUGGACACGCUUCUGAGUCUGACCAACACCAACACGACUCUGCCGGCCAGUCUGCAAAGGGUUCUACAGGAGACAGCCUGCAAAUCUUUAUUCAGGAACCUUUGCGUUAUGGGCACUCCGUCCCUCCGUCUUCGUACCGGGACGCUGCUAGUCCGUGUCUGCAGCAGCCAGCCCUGGUGGGGGGAGUUCCUGGCCUCAUCGCUCCAAGAAUUCUUCUCAUCUGAGCAGACCGCUGUGUUUCCCCAGGACAGAGUGUUCAUCCUGCUGGCGUACCUCGGCCAGAAAUCUCUCGCCUCCAACAACUCGGCCAACGUCUUGGAGAGUCUUCUGAAUCUACUAGCCAGACUGAUGGCCCCGUUACUGGACGGCUCCAUGCAGGCCGGUACUGGGGGUUCACUAGACCUUGCCCUGAUUGGUUGGGUGUUGCUGUUCCUGUCUCGCACCCUGGAUCAUACAGCCGCAGCGAGCACCUCUACCGACGACCAGGACGAUGUUGCUGGGGCAACUGCUGCCCCAAAGGCUCAUGGGAAGGACAGAGAGCGAAGUUCCUCUUCAACGAGCGCCCGUUGGAAUUUCAUGGCGAGCACCCCCUUAGUCGUGGUGGGACCCUCUGCCCAGGCAUCUAAGGGCGGCUGCCAGGUGCGCGUCCAGAGCAAACUAAAACAACGUCUGCUGCUGCACAAGGAACAACUAGCCAAGCUACAGAAUAUGCAUAAAGCAAUACAGGCCAAGAUGGCGGAAGGAGGCAAGGAAGCAGACCCCGCUGUCCAAGUGCAUCUUAAGAAGAAACUUCAACAACAUGCAUCCAAGCAUCUACGUGACAUCCUGCGCAUCCGGCGCAUCACCCGCAGCAUGCGCUCACGGGGCGCCCCCAAUGAUCCCCCGGCCAAACCGGACAAGUCGUCGCUACGUCUGCCAGAGGUCAGCCUGCCGCGGGAGCGUUGCACCCCUGUGGUGCAGGGUCUGAUGCAGCUCCUGCUGGUCAUGGACUUCACCUGCCAUGCUGAUCUGUUCCUCUUUGCCUGCAAGGUUUUGGCACGAGUGUCCAACUCCACCCGGCCAGCCAUUUCACUGUCAGAGAUUGCCACCAACGAGCAACUAAUUCAGCUAAUGAUGCUGUGCGUCGGGACAGACUACAACAGGGGAAACUCCUCCUGGGGCGGGCCCUGGGCCACCACGGCGAUCACGUACCUCCUGCAAGAUACAUUAGAAGGAGAGAAGCUGUACCCCUUCUCCUUGGAUUCUCUCGGCGCCGUCGGAGGGCAAGAAGAAAUAGACCCUGGGGAAGAUCUGGAUGCUGACGCCAUACCUGAAGAUCUGGAGGCUGUGGGUGGGGCCAUGGCAGGGCCAGGGGAUGACAGUGGAGGGGACGAAGAGCCCAUGAACCCCCUGGGUGACCCUGAGCUCGCUGAGUAUGCCACGGGUGUCCCCUCGGAUCCUUUUGAUCACCAGUUCAUGAUGGACAUGAUCUGGGGCUCUACCAAGUACGAGGAGAUGACCAACAAGUUCAGCGGCAUCCAGUCCAUGGUCCCCUUUGGAAGCAGUCCUGGAAGUGUUGGUUCCUCUGGGUCUAUCCACCGCAAGGGAGGCAGGUACGCCAAGGUCAACAACAAUGCUGGUGAUCAGAACAAGGCAGCAUUGAACUGCAUGCCCAAUGUUUCCAUGGCGAUGGACGCCAGGCUAGAGCAAGGCCUGGAGAUGCAGGUGGAGUGGUACUUGAAGGUGACAUCACUGAUGGAGGCCCACUCUGUGAGCCAGACCCUCAUGGGAACCCUGCCCCUCCCCCUCACUCUCCCUGCCCCACCCCCCAAACCCACUGACGCCUCCAAGACAGAAUCAGCCCCCGAGGGAUCUGGUACCCUGCACCGACAAGUGUCCAUGACAUCCAGUAAGAUGCUGAGUAGCUGCUUUGAUCAGCUCUUCACCAGACUACCCACCAACCAGGUCCACUUGGAUGCGGUGCUAAAACUCUGGCUGACAGUGAACGAAGUCGGCCAGGAGAACGAAUCCAAGCAGGAAGGUGCCUUCGACACCAGUCUGGUACCUGUAGUCACUCUCAGCGCAGACUCCAUCGGUUGCCUGCUGCACGCUCUGGCCUGGAACGUCAAUCUACCGGUCCACACCUGGUGUUUGGCGUUCCAUUGCCUGCUGGCACUGGUUAACAGCAAGACGGAAGUGGACGGGAAGCAACAGAGCGCUGCCAACGUCAUCUUGGGCCACGGCUCCCUGAUCGCUGUCCUGGUGCACUUCUUGUCUGGCAGUACCAUGCAUGGACCGGUGGGAAGUCUACACUACCAACAGGUUGGCCCAACAGUCAUUCAGGCCAUGUACGAGUUCCUGGUGAGACUCAAGCUACGACUAGGCUCCGUUCCAGCCGCCAGUGCGCCCGACCUGAACUCACUGCUUCUCAGAGUUGUGCAGAUUUUGGCUGAGCCGCAUAUGUACAGGGGAGCCUUCCACACCGGCACAGGUCCCCUAGAUGCUCAAGUGAAGAUGAUGGAGUUCGUGAACGAGCAAACGUACAACCACGCCGAUGUAAGUAACAUCACCUACACUAUCGACGCCAUCAGCUUACUGGUCCACAAUCACAUCAGUCUGAGCAGCCGUGCUGCUACCACCACCUCCGCUUCCUCAGCUACCAACGACAGCGUCAGCGCCCGGUCCUGCUUCGGCGGGCUCUUUGCCAGCAUGCUGCGUCCCGGGGAGAGCCGGGGCGCCAUCACCGGCGACGCCAGCCGGGACCUCCUGAUGUGCCAACUGCUCCAGCUUGUCAACCAGCUGGUGAAGAUUCCCCUAGACCAAGAGGCAGCAGCCCGCGUCCAGCAAGGCCUGCCGGGGAGAACGUUAGGCUUCCCCGCUGCCUCACCCCAGCAAGUCGACACAUCACCAAGGACCGACUCCAAGACCCUAACUUCGGACUCUAGCAAGAAACAGAAAUCUAGCUCCCUCAGCGACGAUGACAAAGAACGCUCAACCGAACCCUCCCCUCCCCAACCCCCUGAAUCUAUCACCCCGUGUAUAGCAGACGCUGUCCUGACCGCGGGGGAUUCCAUCCCUCUCCUCCUUUCCUCCUUGAGUCACUGCAAGAGCAACAAGAUGGCGUCCUUCCUGAAUCUCAACUCGACCUCACCCCUCCAGCAGACACCCACGGACCCCAUCACCAACAUGGAGCCGGUGUCGGUUGGCGACAACAUCUUUCAGAUUCUCUGCACUAUCGCCAGCAAGGUGACGUCGGUGGAUCUGAUGUUGCGCCCUCUAUUGACGUACCUCGGAGGAGCGACAGGCAAUAGCCAGGAUCGAGGCCAGCCGUCCUGUGUCCUAUCAGAGCCCCUGCUGUGGUUCAUCUUGAAGGUGAUAUCUUCAGAAGCGGCUCUGCAAUCUUUCCAUGAAAUGGGUGGCGUGCAGCUGAUAUGUCGCAACCUGGUAGCCAGCAAUCGUUCCUUCAUUGACAGCUCACCCAGUAGCAUCUCCGCCAUCAUGCAGCAUCUUGGGGCAUCUCUAAGGAGCUCAUCAUCCUCCUCCCGGUGGAGUAAGACCAAUUCCUCCUCAUCAUCGGCAACGGCUGCUGAGACAGAGAGCGCCGAGGGACUUACAAAUUUUGCCCCGUUCGGUGCUAUCAACUCCAGCAGUCCUACCGCCCAACCGGCCGAGGUUCUACUCCAGCCCACGGCGCCCCAUCGCAGGGCUCGCUCAGCAGCCUGGUCCUAUCACUUCUACCCGGAGGAGAGCUGGUGCGAUCUGACCAUCACGCUGCCCAGCGCUAUCCUGCUGAAAGAAGUACACAUACAGCCCCAUCUGACUUCCCUAGCGACCUGCCCCGCGUCCGUCUCUCUCGAGAUCAGCAAUGCCCUGGGCUCAUCCCCCACCCCCGUCAGCCCGCCCAUCCCCACCACGGGACUCACCAACAUCAAGCUGCACCUCCCCCAAGCUGAGGUGGUCACCUCCGUCUGUCUACGCCUGCACCGGCCCCUGGACUCCAGCACCAUUGGUCUGUCGCAGAUCGUGCUGCUGGGCUCGGCGGCGUUCAGCGGGGGAGGGCACAGCGACGGGACAGGGCAAUCCCUGCCACCACUGAUACCUGGGGAGGACCACGCUACAAAGACUAGCAUGAGGUGGCUUCGCCUGCUCCACCAGUGCCUGAUCCAAUCACCCGUCCUAGAAUCCCCCAUCGCCACCACGGCCUCUCGCAUGCCCUCCCUCCUGACUACCUGCACCUCCCUGCUCCUGUCCCCACACUGCCAGGAGCACGCCGUCAGCAUCGAGGCUGUCCUGCUCAAGUUGGGGCUGUGUAACACCGAGGUGGGGCUGUCGCUCUUCGACGUGGUGCUCAGGAACAUCUACGGCAGCGAAGGAGAUAACGGAGCUCCGUUGAUGGGUCGCAGUGCAGACGCCUCCACUGAAUCCACAGUGGAUAUCAUCUACCAGAUGGGAACCACCUUAGACCAGGGCACCAGGGACAGAGUUCAAGCCCUCCUUGAUUGGCUGGGUGACACGGCCCGGGUCCACCUUCAUAAGAACAGCAGCUUCCACCGAAGCCCAUUGACCUUCUCCCCGACCGAGGUCAGCCUCCUGAACCCCGCCUCCGCCCACGUAAUGGGCGUGGCUUCCAUCCUGUGGGCCAGUCAUGAGAUGAGGGCGCCCUACGACGUCGGCAGUCUGAUCACAAAGGACCUUUUCAGCUCCCUGUAUGAGUGGUCCGUGGUUCUACCCCUGGGCUCCCCUCUCAAGCAAGCCACGGGUUACGUCCUGUGUGCCAUGUGCCACGUCCACCCGUCCUACUACGUCGCCAUGCUGUCCUGGAUGGGCAUCAUCAACCCAGAGGAAGAAGGCAUGGAACUAGACGAGCCCCUCACAGAUGACAGCAAGGACGCUCAGGAACAUGGACAAGGUCUAACAGAUGACAGUAAAGGAGCCAGCCGGCAGUCACCAAGUCGUCCGGUCCACAUCAACAUGCUGGAUCAACUCCAUCUAGCCACUCUAGCCCUGGCCUCCCAGUCCCCUCAAGCCACUAGGAUCCUCCUGGACUCCAACUUCCCUAACAUGUUGGCCAACGCCUUGAUGGACUUCUGCAAUUAUGAGAUCUACCGCAGCCGGCAAGGGAUGGAGGAUAGCCCAGCCUGGCAGACCGACUCAUACAAGUUGAUUGAAGGGCAGGGUUUGUCAUCCCCGCGGACUUACAGCACGGGAAGCUUUGAUGGAACCACGGUGUCGGUGGUCCACAUCACCUCGGACAAGAUUGCCCCGAUCCUGGAUCUGUUUACGGAGCUGAGUGGCCAGCUGGUCAUGAAGAACUGGCUGGGAGGUCCCGAGGGCAGUGUCUUCUGGUCCUCGCUUCUCAUGCUGCUGUGUAGCGUCAGCUCCAACGUCGUGCAGGCUAACACCCCGCCCGCCAACGCUCGCAAGUCCAUGGUCAUGACUUCGCAGCAGCGGGCGGCUAUCGAGAGCUCCACCAUCACGUUCUUCACUCGCGUCAUCUCCUGCCAUCCGGCCAACCAGCGACUCCUCGCCCAGGUGGUCUGCGAGGUGGCCUGUAGUCGCAGCAGUCAGGCGGGAAUGCGGCUCGCCAUCUCCGGCUUCACCCGACGUCUGAUCCUCCAACUCAUGCUCGAAGACGAGAAACUCCUCGUGUACAUGCAAGGGGCCUGUCGACUCUAUAAGGGGCGGGGCAAGGCGACCAACAGCGGGGCAUCGCAUCCGCAGUUUGGCGUCGGGCACAAGUUCCGAGUCAUGGAGCCAAAGAUGACCGCAACAGUGGGAACACUGGUUACUGAAGUCUGUGAUGCCCUGUCACUAGUGAAGAACACAUCACUACCCAAGGACCCCAAACCAAGGGGAGAGAGAGCCAGGAAAGAGGAGCCAUUCGUCUUGGUAGACUACCUGCCUGGCAAGAAGGAGCUACUAGAAUCUGAACAGUACAUCAAUUACGCCACCCAUCAAGGCACCAAACCCAAGAAGCCAAUGACCUCCUCCCACAUGGACAAAGACCUGAACCCCUCCUCCUUCUCAGCCUUCACCUCCACCCCAUCCUCGGCCUCGGUGGCUUUCCCCCUCCUACCCAUCUCAAGCCACGCCCUCUCCAAGCCCCCACUGGCCACCGCGGGCCCAGCCCCCUCCUCACGACCACCCGCCAAGGACCCCAUGCAGGUCCCUGUGGUGACCUUAUCCCACGACCUCUUGCCGGAGGUCAGCUUGCCGGACGGGUUGGCACUGGGCCAACUUCUGGCCGUCCUGCAGAGUAAAGGGCUCCCUCUAGGGUCGCCUUACCUGGAGCUGAGGUUGAAUCUUGGGAUGCAGGAGAUCGGAGCGACAUCCAAGACGGACAGCUCCAAGAGUAGAGAGGCAAAAGAAGCUGCAACACUAAACGGAUCUGCUGCAUCAGCCCCAGCAACUGCGACAGGGAUCCCUGGCACGGUGGAAAACGGCACCCAUUCUGACAAGUCCACACUGCUGGACUCCACCCCAGUGCCCUCCUUCCUGCACGUCUUUGCCAGCCUAGGGGGCCUGGCGCUGAUCGCUGAGCACCUGCCCAUCGUGUACCACGACAUUCCAAGGCAGGUUGUCGGGACGACAGCGCGGCACUCUGAGAAGAACGGGGAAGGGGGCAUGAUGGCCUGGCACUCCAGCACGCCGGAGCACUGGGGAUCUGCCUCACAAGGCAUCGUUGAAGAAGAAGAUCCAGCAUUCUCGCACUCGGGCAUUGAGCCGCCACCACCUAGCGGCCUGUCCAACGCCGCGGCCCCGGCUGCCCACGGUCCAGUCCACACUACAGCGGUCAUCCCCCCACACUCCCUGGCCGCGUUUGGCCUGUUCCUGCGACUCCCUGGCUAUGCCGAGGUCCUACUCAGGGAACAGAAGAAGGCACAGUUCCUUCUGAGGCUAGUGCUAGGAGUGACGGACGAUGGGGAUGGAGGUCACAUUCUGUCCUCCCCAGUGGCAUCGUCUCUGCCCACCCUUCCGUUCACCGUUCUGGUCACCUUGUUUGACAGUACUCCCCUGACCACCGAUGACGGUGUGUUACUACGGAGACGGACGUUGGAGAUUGGCGCCGUUCACCUCCUGCUUGCGUUCCUGGCCAUUCUGAGUCACCACGGUCCCAGAGUCAGUAGUGCCACAACCACACAGGAGUGGGGCACCCCAAAUAGCAAUCAAGGCCCUGCCCCUCCCCCAUCCAACGACCAGAAGAAUCAAUCCUACUGGGCCAAGGGGACAGGCUUCGGGACUGGGUCGACGACCUCUGGAUGGAACGUGGAGCAGGCACUGAACAAGCAGAAGGCGGAGGAGGAGCAUGCAACAUGUCUGCUACUGGUACUGUCUAGUUUCAUCAGCCCCAACCCUCGGCGAUCUGGCAACUCGUUGACCUCCCAGAAGGAUUCCUCGGGCGACGUCAGCACGGAGCAACUCCGCAGCAUCUUCCCAGAGAUCUUCAUCGAGUUGCUUAGCAACUCUUGCCUCAUCCCAGCCAUCUCCUCCUACCUCCGGAACGAUUCAGUCUUGGACAUGGCCAGACACGUGCCGUUGUACUGUGCUGUACUGGAGGUCCUACGAGCCCUGUCCCAGAAUCCCUUGCUAGCCCCUCUGUUGCUACCACGGGACGGUGAUCAGUCAGAAAUGUCGCUGGUGGCACUCCUGGAGAACAUGAAGUCAUGUGUGGACACCUAUACCUCCAAACUCAAGUUGAACAAGGAUCCCAAGCCAUCCCAUCACAUCAAGCACACCGGUGGGCCGAGUACCGAGGAGGAUCUAGAGGCCGAAGGGCUGACGCUACUGGUGCCUCAGAUUCAGCACACUGUGGACAUCGUUAGGCAGGGAACCAGCAAGCUGAUUGCUGAGACUAUGGGUGAAGGACUUUUUGGAGAAGGCAGCCGGUCGAUGGGUCGUAACUUCGGCCAGGUCUCCAAACUCACCUUUGAGGAAAGAUACACUAGCGUCAUGAAGAAACUUCAGUUUGACACGUACCCAAUGGUCGGUGAUGACGACGAUGGCAAGAUCUUCUUGAAGGUGUCGCACCACUACGCCUCCAACAUCAAGUCCUACGGUAACGUGAGUAACGCCUCUAGGGCACGUCGUUUGGCUCAGGAGGCCGUCACGCUGUCCACGUCGCUACCCCUGUCGGCCUGCUCUAGCGUCUUCGUCAGGUGUGAUGAGGAGAGACUAGAUGUUAUGAAGGUGCUGAUCACAGGUCCCUCGGACACCCCGUACGGCAACGGCUGUUUUGAGUUUGACGUGUACUUCCCCGGUGACUACCCCAGCUCCCCCAUGCUGGUCAACCUGGAGACCACGGGCCAGCACGGCGUCAGGUUCAACCCUAAUCUCUACAAUGACGGCAAGGUUUGUUUAAGUGUCCUGAACACCUGGCACGGCCGGCCCGAGGAGAAAUGGAACGCCCAGACCUCCAGCUUCCUCCAAGUCUUAGUCUCUAUCCAAUCCUUGAUCCUGGUCUCUGAGCCGUACUUCAAUGAGCCGGGAUACGAGAGGUCCCGGGGCACCCCGUCGGGGACUCAGAGUUCCAAGGAGUAUGACGCCAACAUCAUGCAGGCGACGGUCAAGUGGGGCAUGCUGGAGGUGCUUAGGAACCCCGCGCCUAGCUUCAAAGAGGUGAUCCACGCCCAUUUCUUCCUGAAGCGAGCAGAGAUCAUUAGCCAAUGUGAGGAUUGGAUCAACGGGCUGGAGUUACUGUGUAACGACAAGAGAGUUGGGCGGACCGUCGCUCACCACUGGGUGGCGCUCAAGCGCCACACUGCGCGUCUACGCGAGGAGCUAGCCAAGCUGAAGCCACCCACCUGCGUCCUGGAAGAGUUCCCUGACUGGGACACGGAGUUCCAACCCGAGGACCCCAGCAACAAACCCUCCACCUCCACUCAAGGAGCGACCGCCAAGACGUCCCCGGGGCAGGGAGCCGUACCCUCCACGUCCUCAAAGAUGCCUUCAAAGCCUCCGACCGAUGACGUCAAGAACUCUAGCGAACUGGAGAGCAUCGCUAAGGUCUCGGUCGAUGACGACAGCAUCAUCAAAGCCUUGGGGAAGGCUAGCGGGAGCAUGAUCGACACAAUCGUCAUCGAAGGAGAAAGCACGUCAUCGGCAUCGUCAUCGUCAAUCCUCGGAGAUCUGUCCGGUGGAGACGAAGCUGGGUUGUAUUAACCAAGGCUUCUUUUUUUUAGGAAAUGACAACAUCUAGGCAUCUUUUUAUAGAACAUGACAUCAUCCAAGUUAUAGGGAGUUUUUCAAAUCUCGGGCUUGUCAUUGGCUUUGGCUACAGGCUUCAGUUUUCAUGAGUUGAGAUCUCUGGUUUGGGAGACUUGGGUUCAGUAUUUGGCCCAUGUUCUACUGCUCAACGUCGAAUCGUAAUAAUGGGGCCUACAUUUUUAUAGAGAUUGUUCAUUUGGUUCGAGCUUGAAAAGCUUCUUAACCACUUCUGAGCCAAAACUGGGGACAAAGCCGUGAUUUGUAAAACACCCUUAGUUUAUUGAUUACCAUUGCUUCACUGUUCCAUUUGAGAGUGAUUACUGAAUGCACUAUAUAUUUGAAGAAAAUCUUUUCUGUGUUGGGAGCCCGUGAUAUGAUGCAAGUGGAUGUGUGGAGCGUUACUUGGGAUCGUUUUGUUGCAGGGAAAACUGUUGGAUUUCAUGAGUACACGAUAAACUCCUAAAACCAUAAGCAUAAAUCAUAAAUUUCAGAUUUUAGAGUAUUGUUUAGGAGUAGCAACAGAAUAGCGCCCUCUAUGUUGGGUAGAUACUCACUUUUUUAUAUUAGGAAGAAACAUCAGUGCACGUGUUGACAGAUUUUGAAUGGCCAAACUUUUAUGAGACUUAAUAUGGGAACACAACCAGGAACGUGUAUCCCACGUAGUGGACAGAAGUAAACUAGAAAGUUAAUUUUAACCGUUGAUGGAGUAACUGUUGGGUUUUUUUUAUGUGAAAUUGGUUGAAAAUAUUUUAUUUGUCUUUUGAGAAUAGAUUAUGGAAGAUUGUGCUCGGCAUAUUUGUGUACACAUUUAUUUUUAAUAUUUCGUUUUUGUCUUGUAUUAAGAGGUGUUUUAAUGCAAAAUAUCGUACCACUUAUGAGCCACGUAUAUGAUUCCCAAAAUUGUAUUUAGGACGGAAUUAGAACAUAUUCCUAAAUAGUUUAAUAGAUAAUUGAAUACCCAGAAAAAAAAUGGUGAGAUACUAUUUAACAUGUUUUGGGGCUCUUUAAACAGAUAUUUCAUAUUCCUUUUGAUGAAAAUUGUUUGCAUAAAUUAACCUUUUGCUAACCAUCCCAAAUCCUCCAAAAUUUUAUGCUGUUGUUUUUGACAGAAUUUUGAUAGAUUCACGAUAGACACAUAUUUAGGUCCAGUUUAGAAACCAUUACUUAACUAGGCCUCGACAUCCCAAUUUUGAACAAGUACCAAGACUGUGGCAUUAGUUUAUUGCAGAAUGGUGGAUGUUGGUGGGCUCAUGAAAAUCCUGGCAACACUUUCCAGGGAGUAACUUCUGAGAAAGCUUUCCAGUUAAAAGUGAAUGAGACAAGUUGAGAAUGGCAGUAAAAUCGCUGUGCGGAAGUACCCCCUCAAUGGUUAUGGAGGGAGAGUUGGGGGAGACCACUGGGAGAAACAUUCGAAUGUUUUGCCGAUGACACCUGAUGCCCAUGCACAGGUGUGUGGGUUUUUGCAAAAUAGAAUUAAGUUAUGCAUACUUUGUGCCAUAAGCACACGAACCAGUACGUGUCCCUCCCACUGGGACUUUCGAAAGUGGCCACGAAGCGCCCUCUAUUGUUCGUGUAUGAAGUCCGCGGGCUUUUGAUAUGGGUCCAAAUGAUUGUUUGGCAUCUCAGAUGUUAUAGUGUAAUAGAAUUCCGUUACCAGGAACAUUUUUAAGUAUGAAAUUAAUGGAGUAAAUUUGGGUGGAAACCUAGAGUGGUUUUGUGCAUUUGGUUCAAAGGCCAACAAGUGGGUAAAAAUUUAGUGGGUUUUUUUUUCUAAUUGUAAAUUUGAAAUGAGCUUAAGAAUGCAGCUUAAAGGUGAAGAAGGAUUGAUGUGGUUAAGUGCGAGUAUGUCUCCUCAUUGACUGAGAAAUUUGGCUAACGUUGGGCCUAAACUCUUCUUGAAAUGAGAAAGAGUAACAGGGUGAUCGUCUGGUAACGUUUGUGAAAAUUUGGGAUAUUUACUGUUGAUAGGUGUAUUAUGGAUCUGGAAUUUUGUCGCUAGGUUUUUGGCACUAAUCACCCCUAUGGAAGCUAAUUUAGUGCCGAGCAGUCUUAUAGUGGUAGUUCUACUGAGUAGUAGAUGUUGGAUAACAAAUUUAAAUAAAAUAUGAGUGACUGAUAAAUAUAAAGGAAAAAAUUGAAGUAUUUAUUCUGUUGAAUAAACCAUUCAAUGCAAUUCUUUCUGUAAGAUAAAUCAUUGUAAAUGUGCGAUUACUGUGGACUGUAAUAUGUGGCCGUUUUGGAAUCCUAAAUAAAAUCUUAGCGUAGUACUAAAAUCCUCUAUAAAUUUUGCAUUUAAACAAUGCGUGGUGUAUAGUGAUUUUUUUUUUGUAUAUUUUUUUCAUUGCAUAAGUGUCCAAAGUAUGGGCAUCUUUUUAUUCUGAAUAUUUUAAGUUUUUUCUUGUUUUGUGUACGAUAGGAAAAAAAUGGAAGUAGUAUUAAAAAGAUUGAAGCUUUCUAUUAUAAUAAAGUUAGAUAUAGCCCAAAAAAAUAAGCCUACUUAUAAUUUUGUUAUUUAAGCUUUAAGCAAAUAUCGAGGUUUCUCUUUUGCGGGGAAAUGUGGUGGGUUCGAAAGUAAAAGUAUUUUUUAUUGAUUUGAAAACAGAUUAGAGAUGGAAAGCACAUUUAGAGAACCUUGAUCAGAUAAAAAAAAUCUGUGAAACUGUCACAAGAUGAACUUCCCAUGAAAAGAAUUUGUGAUCUGAUUUUUGUUUCUCAAAAAAAGAAAAGAAAAUCCAAAUAUGCUGUAGUGGCAUUUCUUGUCGACAGUGUACAGUAGUGUGGAGGUUCAGUUACGUAACAAUACCACUUGUUUACCAAGGUGUACGAUUGACCCAUGUGCUGAAGUUAGUGUAUACAGUAUAACCUAAUCUGUAAAUUGUAUACAGAAGUCAUAAUUGUGCUUUUGUUACAGAAAAAUUAAAAACAAUGUACAAAGAAA